AACCUUCCUUCCAGAAGAAUUGAAAAACAAAGACCAGACCAAAAAUUUGUCAACCCCGUUUCGCAAUCGGACUCUGCGUCUUCAACCAUCGGAAGUUCGAUAUUUGAUUCUCCUCCUCCGCCCGCCUCCACGUCUCCGGCCGAUCGAUCGCAUUAGGGCUCGAACUCGCAGAACCAUCCACAAUUAUCAUAGAGCGACAGAGGGAGCUGAGGAGAAAUUUUGAAAUGGCUUCGUUUAUACCUGCGUCGAGGCUGUGUAGGCGUUUGUCUAUGCGUCAGAAUUUGGCACUGUUAGGGAGGAGGAAGCAUUGUGACAGUGGUUGGAAAUGGGGGAAUUCUGCUGGAGCCCGGUGUUUGAAUGGCAUUGCCGGUAUUGAUUCGGCCUUUUCUUCUCCUGCUCAUUUGUCCGGCAUUUCCGACAAUGAUGGAAUUUAUAGCAAUGCAAAUGUUAUACAAAGGAGAACCUUCUUGGGAUGCGGCGAUGGAGAAGAAGGGAGCAUGUUGUCUAAAGUUUACAAGGAGAAGCGUGUUUUGGGAUACUCUCCAGAGCAAAUGUUUGCUGUGGUUGCUGCUGUUGACAUGUAUGAAGAUUUCCUUCCGUGGUGCCAAAGGUCAGAGAUACUAAGACGCAAUCCAGAUGGAUCUUUUGAUGCUGAGUUAGAGAUUGGUUUCAAAUUUCUGGUCGAAAGUUAUGUCUCCCAUGUGGAUUUUAAAAAACCAUCAUAUAUAAAGACUACUGUAUCAGAGAGUAACCUUUUUGAUCAUUUAAUUAACAUCUGGGAGUUCAAUCCCGGGCCAAGUCCCGGAACAUGCAACCUUCAUUUCUCAGUGGACUUCAAGUUCCAGUCUCCACUUUAUCAUCAGGUGGCAAAUAUGUUUUUUAAGGAGGUGGUCUCUCGACUAGUUAGUUCCUUCAGCGACCGUUGCAGGUUGAUUUACGGACCUGGUGUUCCCGUGCACGAAAAAACUUAUGAACAGAGGACAUGAACAUUUGUUCCUCAUCACUCUAAAAAAUCAUAUUGUUCUCUAGCUGCCGCAGCUCCAAAAUCCACUUGGACUGGCAUUUUGAAUGGAAGAAAGGUUAAAUUUAGCAAGGGGUGUUCUUGAUCAUAUUCCCCCUAACCAAAUUCUAAUUUUUGUAGGGAUACCAAAGUGUUGUUUUAUUUAUUUGUUUUUUUCCUCUCUAUUUCCCAUCUGUACAACAUUCUUACUCAUUUGACUACUACAAGCAUCACUUGUAUGCAACAUGGAACUUCAUACGAAGUACUUACUAGUUACUACUCUU